UUCUUUCUUCUUCCCCCAUUUUCCACUCUGCACAAAUAACGAAGUGAAUAAACUUCCCAAGACGGCUGAUCAACAGAUUCAUUUCAUUGUUUCAUUCCUCGUAAAUUUAUUUAUACUCAAAACAAACAAACCCCAUUUCGUUAAUGCCCUUCUUUGAUCAAACAAAACACGCAAAAUCCCUUUUUCUUACCUUCUUCUUUCCAAACAAAAACAACCUAUUUCCUUUCAUCAACACACAUUGUGUACUGUUAAGCUGUUUCUUCUUCUUCUUCUUCUUCUUCUUCUUCUUCUUCUUCUUCUUCUUCUUCUUCUUUGUUGUUGUUGUUGUUUGUGAGCUGAGGAUUUUUUUUUCUCUCUGGGAUGAUUUCUUUUUAUGCAUGACAACUGUUUGUUAAAAGGACAAAAUGGGUGAAGAAUCUUUGUCAAUAAUUCUCCAUGACAGGGCAGUGGAGCAGGCAAUUCUGUCUAUGAAGAAGGGUGCUUACCUUUUGAAGUCUAGGCGUAGAGGCAAACCGAAAUUUUGCCCUUUCAGGCUUUCCAUGGACGAGAAAUUCUUGGUUUGGUAUUCUGGAAACCAGGAAAAGCAACUGCGAUUAAGCUUAGUUGUGAAAAUUAUUCCCGGUAAAAUGUCGCCAAGUCUUGUAAACCAACUACAAACCACAAAGAAGCUUGAAUCCUUUUCACUCAUUUACGCUAAUUGUGAGCGUUCACUCGUUCUGACAUGUAAGGACAAAGCACAGGCAGAUUGUUGGUUUUUGGGAUUGAGCUCUAUAAUAUCACGGAAUCACCAUCCAAGGCCAUUAACUAGUUUAAAGGAUCAAAGAGGAAUUGUAUCUUGUGCCAAUAGCCCUGCUGGCUUUAUUAGAAGAAAGUACAAUCUUGGACUUUUGGAGGAUAGUGCAGACUUUCCACAGGUACGCAGCUUGUGUGGCAGUCCUACUCUUUCACUUUCAGAAAGAUGCCUUUCUGAUGGCUUAUCUCAUUCCUUUGAUAGCUUCUAUCCAUCCGAUGGACAGAGUGAAGGGGAUAUCUCUGCUUGGGGUACUCCGCUUGCUGAACCUGAUGUACUUAAUAGGGGAUCAUUAGACGAACCGGUUUAUGAAAAGAAUGCUCUCAGUAGAUUUGUUGCACCUGUUCAUACAUCUCCAUAUAUCGAAAAGAACAACAUUCUGAAGGAUGUCAUGAUUUGGGGAGAAGGUAUAGAAGGAGGGCUGAUAGGUGGUGGAACUGAAAGGUCCGCUAGCAAUAAAGGAAUGCUUGUGGAUGCGUUGUUACCAAAACUACUAGAGUCUACUAUGAUGUUGGACGUGCAAAGCAUAUCUUUGGGAGGGAAACAUGCAGCCUUGAUUACCAAGCAUGGGGAAAUCUUCAGUUGGGGUGAAGGGAAAUGUGGUAGACUCGGGCAUAAGAUUAAUAUGGACUUGGACCAUCCAAAGCUGGUUGACUCGUUGAAUGGGAUCACAGCUAAAUCUGUUGCAUGUGGUGAAUAUCAGACAUGUGCUUUGACAAAUGCUGGAGAAGUUUAUACGUGGGGUGACAGCAGGUUUGGUGCCGAUUUUGAUUGCGAGGAGAAGAGUAGAAGUCAGUGGUUGCCUCAAAAGCUUUCCGGUCUUCUGAAUGGUAUAAGCAUAUCAAAUGUUGCUUGUGGAGAAUGGCAUACAGCAGUUGUAUCAGCUUGUGGACGGUUAUUUACUUAUGGAGAUGGAACAUUUGGAGCUCUUGGACAUGGGAAUCUUAUAAGCCUUUCUCAGCCAAAAGAGGUUGAAUCUUUAAAUGGUUUGUGUGUAAAAUCCGUUGCAUGUGGAUCAUGGCAUACUGCUGCUAUUGUUGAUAUCAUGAUUGACCGUUUCAAGUUCAAGAGUGCUGUUGGGAAAUUAUUUACAUGGGGUGAUGGUGAUAAAGGGAAGCUGGGCCAUGGUGACAACGAGCGUAAGCUCUUACCAACAUGUGUUGCCCCACUCGUUGAUUGUGAUUUUGCCCAAGUUUCUUGUGGACGAAUGUUGACUGUUGGGCUUACAAAUAUGGGUAGAGUUUAUACGAUUGGAAGUUCCAUUCAUGGACAGCUAGGAAAUUUGGGUUCAAGGGAUGCAUCAGUAGCUAUAGUCGAAGGGAAGCUCAAAGAAGAGUUUGUCAAGGCCAUAUCAUCAGGUUCCUAUCAUGUUGCUUCAUUAACAUCAACCGGACGCGUUUAUACAUGGGGGAAGGGUGCACAUGGACAAUUAGGAUUAGGUGACUCUGAUGAUAGGAAUUUGCCUACUCUUGUUGAAGCUCUAGGAGACAAGCAGGUAGAAAGUAUAGCAUGUGGAUCAAAUUUCACAGCUGCCAUCUGCUUGCAUAGAUCUAUCACGUCAAGUGACCAAUCUUCUUGUUAUGGAUGUAAAUUGCCUUUCGGAUUUACGAGGAAGAAGCAUAAUUGCUAUCACUGUGGACUCUAUUUUUGCCGGAUGUGCAGCAGCAAAAAGAUUAUAAAUGCUGCAUUGGCUCCAAAUAAAUCUAAAGCUUCCCGAGUUUGUGAUCCAUGCUUCAACAUUUUACGGAGACAUAUUCACUUGGAUAGGUCACUAAAGCAAGAAAAUACAAGGACACAGAAUUCAUUGGUGCAACAGAAGGCAUCUGGUUUUGAAAGAGUAGAUAAGAGAAGUAUGAGUUCUAAGCAUUCUCAACUGUUGUCACCUACAAAACAAAAUAUUGAUGAAAUGCAGUCUCAUUGGAAAUUCAUUAACCAAGGGGAAAACCAACAGGAUUUAGAAAAACUCUCUUUUACGUCCAGUGGAAUUCCAAGUUGGGGACAAGUUUCAUGCCCAGCUUCGUUUAAAAUGUGUGACAGAGAAAACACAAAAAGUCUCUUUUCCCCAUCUCAAAAUCAAACAACUGCCAAUGAUUCAGUUCACCUAAAAUCCCCUAAUUCAAGUGCCAUUAGUCUUGAUAGAUUUUUGUAUGGAUCCAGUGAGAAGCUAAGUGAAGAAGUUCAGAGGCUAAGAACUGAGGUAAAGAACCUUGAAUUACAAUGUAACGAUGGAGACGAGAAGAUGCAAAAGUGUCGAAAGAAGAUCGAGGAGGCUUGGUCUGUUGCAAGGGAGGAAGCGGCGAAAUGUAAGGCAGCAAAGGAGAUCAUAAAAGCUUUGGCUCUUAGGCAGCUACAUACAAUGUCGGAGAAGGUUAGCAGUCGAGGAGAUACAAAAGAUGAAAUUGAUGCAAAUAAACCACAUGUUACACCAGUAUAUUCAGAUUCUUCAAACUUUGGCCAUUUUCACUCCCCCUCUGCUGUAACUUGUUUACCCCCUGAGCUUCAAUUGCCCAAAGAUAGAGUAAUAGGUGAUAGUUUAUACAACUCUCCCAUUGUCUUUUCUAAUACAUUCAAAUCACUGUAUGGGAGACCUGCAUUCCAUCACGUUAGUAAGUCUACGGAUCCAGAUCCUAUUGCUAACCGAAGGUCGGCGAAAAAUGGAAAUGCAAAUUAUUUGAAGGAUGAAUGGAUGGAACAGUAUGAAGCUGGUGUAUAUAUUACAUUUACAAGUCUACCAGGAGGGCUCAAGGGACUGAAGAGAGUGAGGUUCAGUCGAAGAAGAUUUUCGGAAAGGGAAGCAGAGAGAUGGUGGGAAGAGAAUCAAGUUAGAGUAUACCAAAAGUAUGAUAUUGAUGGAUAUACCGAUUCAAAUCAUAGUCAUAUGGAGGACUAAACAAAAUUUCACACUUCAUAUUUGUAUGAAUAGAAUUUUGUGUUAGUCAGUCAAACAAGUUGACCUGCUCCACAGUAAAUAAAACAUCUCAAAUACCUCAUCUUCACAAAAUUGUGUAUUUUUGUAAUCUAUUUUAAUAUAAAUGCUAUCUCUAUGUAAAAAGUUGUAGACAUUUUGACAACGACAUCCAUAAAGAAAGCCAGCAACAUAAGCAAAGAUCUGUAAGUAUUCUAUUUUGAGUUGAUCAAACCAAA